UUUUAAUGGUUUGUCAUGAAACGUUUUGUUAUUAAAUUGAAUCUGAUUUUGCAUUGACGGUUUGUCAUUGAAUGUUUUGCAACUGAACCGAUUUGAUUCUGCAUUAAAGGUUUACCAUUGAACGUUCUGUUAUAUGAAACUGUUUAUCUGGCAUGCUAAAAGUUUUACCCAAGGGCUAUCCAUAUUUAUUUACUGAGUUAUCUCAUAGUUUCCCUUGUCCACCAUUUCAAGAAACGAAACUGAGGACGGGGAAACCAAGGGGAGUGACGAGUUAGAAGGCUAGCCAUUUCGAGAUUGAUAUAGAUUUAGAAAUAUAUCAUGCUCUUGCAAGCUAGAGUGUAUGUGGAGAUUUUAUGAUAUCAGAGCAGAUUGUAAAAUUUUAUCUUGAGAUUUUGUGGUAUCAGGUUGUGAUUUGAAUUAGUUCCGAGCCUUGUGCACUUGCGGGAUCCGUCUCAUGAGUGCACGGCGUCUGUUGCGUCCCCGGAUUUGGGUUCUGGGGCGUGACAAAUUUAGUGGUAUCAGAGCUUAGGUUUGAUUAAGAUUUUGUGAUGUGAGAGCCUAGGUUUAAGUGAAUACCUAGGAUAUGUUUUGAACUUGGCUAGUUAAUGGAUUUAGAACCGUGGUGAGACGAGUGAUGGGGUUAUGCAAGGGACGAUUCUGAUUUGUGUUGCUUGAAUUUUCUGAUCCGCUUUGAUGAGAUAGUAAUUCAGUUAGUUCCUGUUAUCUGCCGUUGGUGAGCAUUUUU